UUAAUGGAGUUAAACUGUGGAACUCACUGCCACCGGAAAUAGUGAUGGCCUCUAGUCUGGAGCAUUUUAAAAGGGACUGGACCAAUCCAUGGAGGAGGAGGGUAUCCGUGGCCACUAUCCUUGCUGGCCGUGCCCCGACUCCGUCAUCAGGGCCAGCGGGCCUGCGUACACCAGGCGCUUGGCAGACAGACUCCUUGCACCUGUCCCACUCCUGGGCACACCGAGUACCGGGCACCACAUGGGCGGACCUUUGGCCUGCUGUUCCUCUGCUCUUCCAGCAUGAGGUCAAGCCGGCCCCCUGUGGCUGCUCGCCCCAGAGCCACCCUGCAGCACCGAGUGAAGCCCGGAAGCUGCUGGGAGCAGCAUCUGCCCGUCGAUGCCUCCUUGUGCCGAAAAAAGCCACUCUGCCCCCGUCCCCAGAGACGUCACCUUGCUGGGAUUGCUUUCUCCUGGGCUCAUCGAGUGGCUGAUGCUCGAUUCAGGGGGGGCAAAGCGGUUGCGGGAGCCCUUCGGGCAGGGGAGGCGUCCCCCCAGCGAGCAGAAUGCUUGCAGGAAAAGAAACUUUUCCCAUGUUCAGACAGAAAACUGUUGUGCAAGCAGAUCUCAAAUAUGCCUCACGCACGUGCACAGGGGUCCCUCCAGGGCCGCCCCUGAAAUGGGGAAUCGUGGAAUCAUAGAACAGAACAGUUGGGUCCAUGCCCCUGCUUAGGGCAGGACCCCCGGGUGGGCCAUCCCCUCAGGGGGCUGUCCAGCCGCCUCUCAAACGCUCCCCAGGUCAGGGAUUCCUUCGCCGUCGCAACAGUCCAGGAGUUCCCCCGAUAUCUGGCCGGAACCAGGUUUCCUGUAACCCGAGGCUGCCAUUCCGUGCCCUGCAGCCGGGGAUGAUGGAGGAGGGAGCCUGACCUCCCUCUGCCACAGCCGUCCUGUCUCCCCUCGGCCUUCUCUUCUCUUCUCGAGGCUGCACGUGCCCAGCUCUUCCCCCUCCCCUCGCAGGGCUCCGUCUCCCCCUCCAGAGCGGGAUGCAGAACUCCAGAUGAGGCCUCAGCAGUGCUGUGGGGGGACGGAUGGGGACGGGCCCGUCGCCUGAUGUGGAAGUGCCAGUUCUGCUCCCGGAGCCCAAAACAGCUCUUGCCUUCUCACAGCCGCCUCACGCAGGCAACUCUGAUCCAGCUUGCGGCCUGCAGCAACGGCUGCUCAACCCGAGCGGGUCGGCCCUCCCUGCUAGGCAGCGCUCUGCCUGCCUCGGCCUCUCAGUCGUCUUGAAGCCACGGCUUCUCUGCUUUUCCGCACCUUUUCUCCCAGACUGAGGUUCUCCAGCGCUCCUCCAGGGCUGAGAUGCGGCCACCGGGCCUGCCCCUCUGGCCAGUGGCUCUGCUGCUGCUCCUCCCUCAGCCCAGCACGGAAUCCGAGUCCGAGUUCGAAUGCAGCUUCAUCCUGAAGGACGCCUUCCGCUGCUCUGGAGCCGGAAUCCACAGCCUGGCCUCGCUCAGCAUCCCCAACAAUGUCACCCAGAUGCUGAUCAUGGGCACCAGUGCCUCGGAGCUGCCGGACGGCCUGUUCUCCGACGCAAACGUGCUCCAGCUUCUCAUGCUGUCUUCCAACCAGCUCUCCACCAUCUCUCCCGGAUCCUUUAAAAGCCUGGUGCAUUUAAGGACCCUGAAGUUGAACAACAACAAACUGAAGCAGCUGCCCAGCGGCGUGUUUGAUUCUCUGGUCCACCUGCAGCAGCUGGUCUUGGAGAGCAACCAGCUGUCCAGCCUCCAGCCGGGCAUCUUCGACCAACUGAAGGGCUUGCAAGGGCUCCUGCUGAACAAGAAUUUCCUGACUGCGCUUCCGGCCGGGCUCUUCCGCAACCUAAUCAAGCUCAAGGAGCUGAACCUCUCCAGAAACCAGCUGGGCACCCUGCCGACAGACACCUUCGCCACCUUGCCCAAGCUCAGGAAGCUGUUCCUGUACUCAAACCGCCUCGCCUCCAUCGAGCCCAGCUUAUUUGCACACCAGGGCGACCUGCUGGAGCUCCGGCUGCACUCCUGUGCCAUCCAGUCCAUCGCCCCCGGCGCGUUUCACAGCCUCCUGCAGCUUCAGGUCCUGACCCUGUCGGGCAACCGGCUGCCCUCGCUGCCCGCCGAGCUCUUCCUCCACCUGCACCACCUGUCUGAGCUGACCUUGCACAGGAAUCCGCUGCAGGCCCUCCCGCGCCAGCUGUUUGGGCAGAUGCCGCACCUCCAGAGGCUGUGGCUCUACGACACCGAUCUCGCCACCCUCCCGGCCCUCGCGCUGAGCAACCUGACCCAGCUGGAGCUGCUGGUGCUGACGCGGAACCACCGCCUGAGCGCCCUCCCGGCCGAGGCCUUCCACGGCCUGGCCCGCUUGCAGGCGCUCUCGCUGCACUCCAACAACCUGUCCAGCCUCCCGGACCAGCUCUUCAGGGGGCUGGGCAGGGUCCGGGAGCUGUCCCUCUUCGGCAACCGGAUCGCGACGCUGCCUCCGAACGCCUUCCAGCACCUCGAGGGCCUGCAGAGCCUCUACCUGAACAGCACCGGGCUGCACUUCCUCCCCGGGGACCUCUUCACCUCCCUGCCCAGGCUGCAGAAGGUUUGGCUGGGCAGGAACCCCUGGCACUGCCACUGCGAACUGCGGGCCUUCGCCGCCUGGCUGCGGAAAAGCACUGGCGUUGUGCAGGACACCACGGCUGUGACCUGCCACAGCCCCCCGGCGCUGCGGCACACCCCCGUCCUCGCCGUGCCAGAGGGCCAGCUGGCCUGUGUGGGCACCACGGCCUCUGCCCGCCAGACAUCGCGAGGCACCACCAAGGCCGCAACCGCACCCUGGCGGUCGACGCCUGGCCCCUCGCCAGCGCCCACCAGCGGCUCGACCCCCACCUCUCCUUCGCCUCCCCCGGACACGACGGGCCCCACGGUGCCUGGCAUGCCUCCCAGAGCUGUCCCUUCGGAGACGCACUUCCCUGCAGAGGAACGCUACCGGCUGGAAGAGGGGGCGGAGCCUGAGAUGCUCUCCACCGUGUGGCCGAGGGGGCCGGCGUCCACUUCCACGGGCCACAUUGUUUGUUGGUUCUCCGGCCCAUACCUUGUGGCCCUGCUGGCGCAGGCAGUGGCUUUCCUGGUCACGUCGUAUGUGGCGCACCAAGUCAGGCGACUGGGGCAGAGGAGGAGGAGGAGAGCCGCCACGGCUGCCACCGCCACCUCCUCCGCCCAUGCGCUCUCGGCUGUGGUGGCUGAGCCAGGCGCUUGGGCACCAGGGGACAGAGCCUGGUGCACCAUUAAGCUGGUUCUGCCAGGCACCCUGCGGCCAGCCUGAGGUGGCGGCAUGUGGUGCUGCCUUGUGGGGACCCCCCCCCCCCAGUCUGAGCAGUGGGCCCUUUGGCUCAGGUUAUCCAAAGGGGGCUUGUACCUGUUCUCUCCCACUGGGAUACACUGAGGGGGGAGUGGGGAGCCUGCCGGUCACCGUGUCCAGAAGGGCGCACCUGGCAGGGCAGACGGGGAGUGGGGCUUCUGCCCCUCUGAGAUUGCCCCGCCUGGUGCUGCCCCGCCUGGGCUUCUCCUGUGCUCCAGUCUGAGUGGGGUGCGAGACGUGAGCAUGAAGCGCAAGAUAAAAGCAUGCUGAUCGAAACCACGUGUGCAGAACAUGCAAGCCUGCACAUAUUGGACUGAUUUGCGGGACUCUGCGGAGAACUGGAGCUGCGUUAGGAUUUAAUUUUCAGCUUUAAUUGUCUCGUUCCUGAACAUAAUGAUUUAAAUGCCUCA